AUGACCUGGAGAUGCUUUUGUUGCAUCUCCGGUACUGAAGAGGCUGUACCGGAGAGCAGUGAAAGCAAGAAUAGGGAUUAUCCAUGGGAAAUAUACUCUCUUAAGGAGCUACUUCAAGCAACAAACAACUUCCAUCAAGAAAACAAGAUUGGUGAAGGCGGAUUUGGAAGUGUUUAUUGGGGUAGAAGUAAAGGCGUUGAGCUGAUCUUCCAGAUUGCUGUUAAACGACUAAAGACAAUGAGUGCGAAGGCAGAGAUGGAGUUUGCAGUGGAAGUUGAAAUUCUUGGAAGGGUGAGGCAUAAGAAUCUUUUGGGUUUGAGGGGAUUUUAUGCUGGUGGGGAUGAGAGGCUAAUUGUGUAUGAUUACAUGCCUAAUCAUAGCUUGAUCACCCAUUUGCAUGGCCACCUUGCUGAAGAUUGUCUGCUAGAUUGGUCAAGGAGAAUGAGCAUAGUCAUUGGAUCAGCAGAAGGUUUGGCGUACUUGCAUCACGAGGCCAAUCCUCAUAUAAUUCACCGAGACAUAAAGGCAAGUAAUGUCCUCUUAGACAAAGAAUUUGAAGCAAAAGUGGCUGAUUUUGGUUUUGCAAAGCUAAUUCCAGCUGGUGUUACUCAUCUCACUACAAGAGUAAAGGGAACCCUAGGAUAUUUGGCUCCUGAAUAUGCUAUGUGGGGGAAGGUUUCUGAGAGCUGUGAUGUCUAUAGCUUUGGUGUUUUACUUCUAGAGAUAAUUAGUGCAAAAAAGCCAUUAGAGAAACUCCCUGGUGGAGUCAAGCGUGAUAUUGUGCAAUGGGUCACACCCUAUGUCCAAAAGGGUGCACUCAAUCAUAUUGCUGACCCGAGGUUGAAGGGAAAGUUUGAUCGAGACCAGCUUAAAUCGGUGGUCAUAAUUGCAUUGAGAUGCACCGAUAGCAACCCCGACAACCGGCCGAGCAUGAUAGAGGUGGUGGAGUGGCUCAACAGUGGCGUUGGGGGGAGGACAAAAGAGGUUUCUUAUGCGAAAGACAUGGUUGAUCAUGGAGACGAAGAAAAACAAAAGGGAUACCAAUUUUGA